AUGGAACUCAACCGAGAACAUUUUCGCGCCAUAAUUUAUUACAACUUUCGGUCGACAAUUUCCCGUUGUCUUAGCGACGAUUCUAGGGUGGGUGCACCAAAAACAGCAGUCACCCAGGAAAACGUCGAUGCUGUGCGCAAACUCAUCAUUGAAGAUAGACAUGUGACAUAUCGCGAGAUUGAGGCGUCCUUGAAGAUCUCAAAGACCUCAACUCAAAAAAUUUUACAUGAAGAAUUAGGAGCAAGAAAAUUAGUUUCUCGUUGGAUACCCCACCUUCGUGGAUUUACUGUUUCGGCUGUUUGGGUGUUCCAAGGUGAAGAAAAGCCAACAAAAGUCAUCCCGGGUCAUAUUGCAACAAUUCCUCUUAAUGAACAAAGAACUGUUACUGCGGAUUUUUAUACCACCAUUUGCUUGCCAAAAGUCAUCACUGAGCUUCGAAAAAUCAACCCCGAAAGAAGAAUCAUCCUCCACGAAGACAAUGCAAGCUCGCACAAAGCCCAAAAAACAAGGCAGCAUUUAACGGAAGAAAACAUGGAAUUAUUGGACCAUCCUCCAUAUAGCCCCGAUCUAAGUCCUAGCGAUUUCUUUACUUUCCCGAAAAUUAAAAACAGACUGCGUGUACAAAGAUUCCAGUCACCAGAAGAAGCAGUUGACGCAUUCAAAAAUGCCGUUUUGGAUCUGCCAGCAAGCGAGUGCUUCGAAAAUUCAUUCGAGCGCAUGCAGAUGUGUAUUAAUCUUCGUGGAGAAUACUUCGAAAAACAAUAAAGUCAUUUAAAAC